AUUGUUCGUGGUGGCGAUCGUGGGUCGGCCGGGACCCGGGCACGUGUGGGCGCGUGUGUUUCGCGCGGAUCAUCCCGAUUGCGGACUCUUAUUUUCUGCGCUUAUCGUUGAAUGCCCUUGAUUCAAAGUAUACGCACCUUUACUACUGACCCUCAAGCACUUGGAGUGGGCGUUAGCGCUCGCGGAGCGCUCGGUAUCUUCUUGGCGCCAAGUUUCCUGCGUGUAGCGUUAUUAUCAUCGAACGCCUCAGUAACACAGCUGUCAACAUGAGUGGCGACUGGGCCUGUAGGGCAUAAGCGCUCCUUUUGCUAAACCCUGAUCGAUAACAAGGGGAAGCUCUUCCAGUACUUAGUCCACCCAGUCGGAGCUUUGAGCAUCAGUGUGUAUCUCGUGAUGGUUGCUGAAACCGCACAAGGAGCGCGUCAAGUGCCUUGGGCGAUGUCGGGACAUCGGGUUUGCAGUAGGCUCUUCUGGCGCCACGCGCGCCAGCUUGCGCACCAACAGCGAGCGCCAUUUACUCCUUGUAGCGUGUCGCUCACAUCGGCCUCGUCAGCGUCCACGUUUGGGCCUGCCUCGACCACCACCCAAACUCAUCGUGGCACCCAUUGGCCCUCCACAAGCAGCACCGCCCUGCGCUGCUUUGGUAGCAACGGCAGCGCUGCGGCCCCGGCGCCUCAGACUACGCAGGCGGCAACGGACGCAGCCCAUGCCGCAUUCUCCUCCGACGCCUCAAGCUCGGGUCGGGACAGCGGCUCGGUUGCACCCCAGCGGCACAUUUACGCAACCAAGGGCUACGGCAGCCACCCGCCGCCCCGGCGCGGCUCCGUGCCGCUGUGGACGGACGACGCCAUCCCGCCGCUGCCGCGGCUGCCGCUGCAGCGCCGCAUUUUUUGCAAUCGGGCGCUCAACAUGAAGCAGAUCAAGGCUGUGGGGUACGACAUGGAUUACACGCUGGCGCAGUACAAGCCGGACACGUUUGAGGGCCUGGCCCACAAGGAGACUGUGACCAAGCUAAUUGAGGUGUUCCGCUACCCGGAGGAGCUGCGGCAGCUGGACUUCCAGUGGGACUACAUGACCAAGGGGCUCAUCAUCGACAAGGAGCGCGGCAACAUGCUCAAAGUGGACCGCCACAACUACGUCAAGGUCGCUUACCACGGCUUUGAGGAGCUGUCCGCGGAGAAGCGCAAGGCCAUCUACAACUCGCACCAGAGCACGCACAGCGGCGGCGGCGGCGUGUUUGAGGAGGCGGGCGGCUACGCCAUGGUAGACACGCUGUUCUCGCUGGCGGAGGCCUACCUGUACAUGCAGCUGGUGGACAUGAAGGACGGAAGCGCGGCAGCAGCGGGGUCCAACGGCGUCAAGCCGGGCUUUGAGGCGCUGCAGCGCAAGAGCUACAAGGACCUGUACCGCGACCUGCGCACCGCCGUGGACAUGUGCCACCGCGACGGCAGCCUGAAGCGCGCCGUGGCGGCCAACCCCGAGAAGUUCAUCCACCGGGACGAGAACCUGGUGCAUGUGUUGGAGACGCAGCGGGCGGCCGGCCGCACGCUGUUCCUGGCCACCAACAGUUUGUUCGACUACACCAACGUGGUCAUGAACUUCCUGCUGCUGGGCAAGACGGGCUCGCAGAAGACCACUGACUGGCUCAAGUACUUUGAUGUGGUGAUGGUGGGGUGCGCGAAGCCCAGCUUCUUCCAGCACCGCGCGCCGCUGUUCAGCAUCGACGUCAACACGGGCAUGCUGCGCAACACGGACAACGGCGCGCCCAUCAUUCCCAUCGACGAGCAGGACAUGUCGGUGGACAUGUCGCCGUCAGACUCCCCCGUCGACACACACGCGCUGCGCAACCCCGCCCUGGCGGCGGCCACGGGCGCGGCGGCGCUGCGGCCGGGCGCGGGCGCGGGGCUGCGUGCUGCGGCGCUGGGCGGCGGCAACGUGUUCCAGGGCGGCUGGUACGGCGACCUACACAAGAUGCUGGGCGUGACGGAGGGUAGCCAGGUGUUGUACAUCGGCGACCACAUCUACGGCGACAUUGUGAAGAGCAAGAAGGACAUCGGCUGGCGCACCAUGCUUGUGGUGCCGGAGCUGGAGCUCGAGCUGGAGAAGGCGGGCCGCAGCGCGAAAAUGGCGGACGAGCUGCGGCAGCUGCGCCAGCUGCGGGAUGAGUACGACGACCGCAUCCAGCGCCUCAAGUGGAGCAUCGCGCAGGAGGCGGCGGCGGCGGCCAAUGGCGGAGCCAAGGGCCCGGAGGCGGAGGAGGCCACGCGGGACGCUCAGCAGCUGCUGGAGGCGGCGGAGGUGGACCGGGCACAGCUGAAGGCCCGGCACAGCGCGCUGCUGCGUGCGCACCACAAGCAGUUCCACCCCAUCUGGGGGCAGCUCAUGAAAACGGGACACCAGAACUCCCGGUUCGCGCACCAGAUCGAGCGCUACGCCUGCCUGUACACCAGCCACGUGUCCAACCUGGCUUUCUUCAGCCCCGACAAGAGCUGGAUGGGGCGCAUGGACGUCAUGGCGCACGAGGCGGAGGGAGAGGUGUGGGACGCCAUGGACGCGGGGCUGGACGCGGCGGGCAUGCCGCCGUCGGGCGCUGACAUGGACGUGGGCGUGUAGGUGGGCGUGUAGGUGUAGGGUUACACAGAUCUUGUAGGGGCAUAAAAGAUGCGUUGCUACGGUACAGCGGGUGAUGGAGGCCUCCUGGGCAAAACGGGGCUGUCUCAAGCCCGGGCACACGGCAUGCAGGAACAAUCUUGCGGUUUCAGGGGCAGGGAAAGGGAAAGGGGCAGGGUAGUUGCAGCUGGCAGUUUGCGGUUGGUCUGCGAGCGCGUGACGGUGGUCGUUAGGGCAGCACUCGGCGGGAGGGAAUGAGGGUUAGCAGCAUGGUUCUGCAGGGUGUGCAACAAGCGCCUGCGAGCGCAGGUAUGAUGAGAGGCUGAAGGGAAGCUGCUUCAGCCCCUUCUUGCCCAUGGUUUAGCGCACACUUAUGUCUUUUAGCAUGUCCACAACUUCUAUCUGGGAUGCGCGCCGUCUUUCCAACUUCGGCAGGCGCUAGUAGAGUGACUUAUGCAGGAGGGAGAGGGGCGUGGCUGUGUUCUGUAGUGACGCUGACAUCCGUACUGUGCUCCAGGCCGAGUGGUACGGAAGUGAAGGGCGCCAUUAAUGGCUUGUUGUUUGAUUUAUUGGAGGACGGGUGUGCUCGAGGCAGACAACUGGUUGCGCUCCAGCUCGCGUACUGACGUACGGUUAGGUUGUUGCGAUGCAGGAGAGAGAGAAGCGCAGCUGUAGUUUGUGGUGGCGCUGACACCCGCGUACAUGUGCUGCAGGCCGAGUGGAACUAAUUGUGAGUAAACGGCUUAUUAAUUGCGAACUCGAAUGAUGCCGUGCCGAGGCUUACAGCCCACACACAUUCCCACACGAAGCAACAAUGCGUUUGGUCUAUGCCUGGAACAGGCGACAAAAGGAUCGGUGUAAGGUGGCUAUCACUGAACAGACCGCCGGCGUGAUUGCAUUCCACCGUGCAGCGCCUACAGCGGAACCGUACUCGCAACAGCAUCUACAUUACAUUACACCGCAUGCAUAAAUGACAGAUGAACAGUAUCACAAGAUGAUAGGUCAGUAGACACGCUCUCGCGGCACACUCCUCACUCCUCCUACUGCUCCUCCAAAACCUUCAGGCCGCACUCCCUGAUGUGGAAGUAGAUGUUCCGCCCGCAGCCGCUGCACCGCGAAGUUCGGCCGGGCGGCCGACUGGGCACCUUCUCGAUGAUGGUCACCCCUUUGCACCCGUUAUGCACGCCUUUGCCCGUGUAAAACACCGGCUGC